GAAGGACCAGAUGGCUGACACUGGCUAAUGGGAACCAAAAGACAAGAGUGAAAGUAACCUGGUUGUCUCAUGCCCCGGCUUAGAGUGCUUCACCCCACUCUGAGACCAAUGUCCUUUUUCUCUGGAGACUUCACCCUGCUGUAUCAAAAACUACUACCACCUGGCUUAUCUGAGGUGGGGAAAGAUCAAGUGCAGACUGAGCUGUGGCCAACCGUUUGCAGACCAGGAAUCCACACUAGCUCUAAUCAGAGAGCUCUCUUGGUGUGCGGGAACUGCCAGUUUGCCGACGUGAAAGAGCCCCAGGCUGGGUAAUGGUGAGCCCUGAAGUCGCACCCCAGCUCUGCCACUGAGUGAGCACGGGGCAGAUUUAAGGGCUCUGCCCUCAAAAUACAGUGCUACUGGCUCUAGAUUGAGGGUUCAAGCCACCCCGUGGGUUUACUUCAACAGAUGAAAAUUUUUCCUUGGCUACAGCAACAUCCCUAAUCCUGACCAGCCAUGGAGAGGUUCGGUUCUUACAAGAAAAAUGAGUGAAUGUGGGAAUGGCUCACCACAUUGGGAAAGCAAAACUCACAUCCUGCUGAUGGUUGGCUGAGGACUGUCAUGUCCACAUCCAAAGAAAAGCAUGUGGCACAGUUUUAGGACAAAGGUGUGCUUUUUCAGUUUGACAAAUAACCUGAGUGAUACAUAAGCUGUGCAUGAGGAAGCCUAGAGCACUGCACAGGGGUGAGAAUGGACCAAGGACCUGAACAUCCAUGGGUGCAACAUGGCUUUGCUUUAUGCUGUCCAGGUAUGGUUUUGUGGAGUUUGAUGAUCUGCGAGAUGCAGACGAUGCUGUUUAUGAACUGAAUGGCAAAGACCUCUGUGGUGAGCGAGUCAUUGUUGAGCAUGCCCGUGGCCCACGUCGGGAUGGCAGUUACGGUUCUGGACGCAGUGGAUAUGGUUAUCGAAGAAGUGGUCGAGAUAAAUAUGGCCCUCCUACUCGCACAGAGUACAGACUUAUUGUGGAGAAUUUGUCAAGUCGGUGCAGCUGGCAAGACCUAAAGGAUUACAUGCGUCAGGCAGGAGAAGUGACAUAUGCAGAUGCUCACAAGGGACGCAAAAACGAAGGAGUGAUUGAAUUUGUGUCUUAUUCUGAUAUGAAAAGAGCGUUGGAAAAGUUGGAUGGAACUGAAGUCAACGGCAGAAAAAUCAGAUUAGUUGAAGACAAACCAGGUUCUAGACGGCGUCGGUCUUACUCUAGAAGCCGGAGUCACUCAAGGUCUCGCUCCCGAAGCAGACAUUCCCGGAAGAGCAGAAGCAGAAGUGGCAGCAGCAAAAGCAGCCGUUCAAAGAGCCGCUCCCGAUCCAGGUCAGGUUCCCACUCCCGCAGCAAGAGCCGCAGCCGCAGUCAGAGCCGCAGCCGCAGUAAGAAGGAGAAAAGCCGGAGCCCCAGCAAAGACAACAAGAGCCGCAGCCGCAGCCCUGACAAGAGCCGCAGCAAGAGUAAAGACCACGCAGAAGACAAGCUGCAGAACAACGACAGUGCUGGCAGGGCCAGGAGCCGCAGCCCCAGCCGGAGCAAGAGCCAGGAGAAGCGCAGGAGCACGAGCAGAGGUCACAGCCAGGACAAGAACCAGCUCAAGAGCCGCAGCUGCAGUCGCAGUAAAGGGGGCAGCCGGAGCCGCAGCCGCAGCAAAAGCAAAGACAAGCGGAAGGGCAGGAAGAGAAGCCGGGAAGAAAGUCGAAGCCGGAGCCGCAGCAAGAGUGAGCGCAGCCGGAAACAUAGCAGCAAGCGGGACAGCAAGGUCAGCAGCAGCAGCAGCAGCAAGAAAAAGAAGGACGACACCGACCACUCCCGGUCACCAUCCCGCUCAGUAUCAAAGGAGCGGGAACAUGCCAAGGCAGAGUCUGGCCAGAGGGAAAGCCGGGCUGAGGGCGAGAGCGUGGGCCCCAAUCCAGAGCCUCGGGCCAGGUCAAGAUCCACUUCCAAAUCCAAACCUGGUCUCCCCGCAGAGUCGCGCUCCAGGUCAAAAUCCGCUUCAAAAACACGCUCUCGGUCCAAGUCUCCCUCCAGGUCUGCUUCCAGGUCACCAUCCCGGUCUAGAUCCAGGUCCCACUCAAGGUCCUAAUCGGCUAUGCCACGCUGGAACUGCUGAGAAGUCUUUGUACAUGUUGGUAGCCGUAGCACAAGAGUGAAGUAGAGCACCCGUCACUGCUGUACAUUUAACUCCCCUAAUGGUGUGUCUCCAAUUGUUCAAUCUCAGUGCUUCCUUGGUGCCGCCUGCCGGCGCCAGGCCUUCCCGCUCCACUGAAAAGCAGUUCCUCAGACCUCCCUUGACUCACAGUAGGCCAUCCAAACGCCUUGGCUCUCAGGCCUGGCCAUGGCUAAAGGGAGCUCGGCACCGGAUGGCUCCUCAGGCUGGAAUGAAGGCAUAGGUAGGUGUGGUGAGUUCAACCGUUUUGCCCUUGAAUCGAUGCCCUUUGAUGUGUGCCACGUAGUGAAAGUGCAAGUCUUCAGUCUCCCACCACUUUGGUUUCCUAUUUCUGGACUUAACAACGUUGUGAAUAGCACAGUCAAGAGAAAUUGAUACCUGCAUAGCCCAUAGGAAGUAAACUGUAGAGCUCCAUAUUCUGGUAUUGUGAUUAUAUUGUUUUAUAUUAAAGAAAGAAAAGAAUUUUUUUUAAUUUUAUUUUUCCCCGUCUUGCAAAGUAUAGUGACCCCUGUUUCCAUUAAAUUUGAAUAAAGACUAUUUUUGCUUGACAAAAUUUCGCCGUGCUUGAAUCUAAGUGGCAUUUCCUGAUGUCAUCUGUCCUGCUGUUUCCCUUUGGUGGGAAGCAAUACUUCCCAGAGGACUUUCUCACCCAGCAGAGUGAAGGCAAGUUCCCAGAGUGUAUGAUUCGGGG